AUGGUUUCCACGCGUCGCACACCCUCUCGACUCGACUCUAUUCCUCAAGGCUUUACAUUGGUUUCGAAGGCACCGUUGAAAUCUGUUCAAUCAAAACGCGUCGGCUUACGUUCUCGGUCUUUUCACUGCGACAUUUCCGAACCUGAAGCGUCUUCAGAUGUAUCCACAUCCGAUACCAUCGCCUGGUCCAGCUCUCCUCCUCCUUCCCCAAAGAAGAAAGCUGCGAGGUCUUCCAAAUCCUGCCGAGCUCACACCUCAAGCAGUCUGCAAGAUGCCACACCGCUCCCAAAGUCGCGCAGCAUGUUAUUACCUGGCCAAGAAGCUGGAUCACCUGUACGGAAACGCUUGAGGGCGAUUGAAAAUCUCCAGCCCAAAUCUACGAUCUCCAAAUCUUGCUCCCAUCCCCAAAGUCUAUCCAAGAAUUUGACUUCCUUAUGUGAUAAACUAGUGGUAGAAACUCCGAAAAACAGCACUUUCCACGCGAUUUCCGGGUUUUCCAACGUAUUUGCCCAUGCUCGACAUCUACUCAAACUUUCAUCGACGGAUGUUAUUUCUUCUGAGGAUUUUUUGGGGCGCUCCAAAGAACUGCUCAAGCUGAAGAACUUUCUCUCCGAGCGUUAUCAAAACCUGCUAGACCUCGGCCCAGAUCCUAUCGACUCAUCCAGUGCUCACAGUGACUCCUCCUCAGGUAGCUUGUACAUUUCCGGACCCCCUGGCACUGGCAAGACUCACAUGAUCAGAUCAGUCCUACUCAACCAGAACCAUGAAGUCGCGCGCGCCCUCAACAAGGCUGGUGUUCAAGUUCAGUUUAUCAACUGCGUCGCAUUGAGUACUACCUGCGGAGCUUCGGGCUUAUCAUCCGGGACUGGACUAAACGCACUGGACGAACAAAUGUGGCAUCAAGUAGCGGCUUGCCUCGGGAUCUCUCGAUCCGCUUCCGUACAUGGCAAGAAUCUGUCUUCGCGUGCUCUUGUCGAAACUCACGUCAUGCAAGAUAACAUCAUGCCGAGCCUUAUCAUUCUAGAUGAGAUUGACUACCUGGCAGCCUCCAAGCUCCCUUUGAUUAACCCGCUUUUGUCGCUGUCUCAACGGUCCCCCAAUGCGAACUUUACCAUUGUCGGCAUCGCCAAUACCUUGGAUCUAACGGCCCGACUUGUCAAACCUUCCAUGUCUUCAAAUAACGGCAAGAUCCAACCUCAAUUGAUCCAUUUCACAUCUUUUGAGUCAACCGACUUGGUCGACAUCGCCAAACAACGCCUAAGGCAUCUCUACACAUCCUACGCUCAUGAAGCUGGCCCCGACUGGCCUGCAUCUACACCUCAAAAGCUUUUUGCAUGUUCUACCCGGGAUGUUUCUUUGAACCAAGACGCCAAUUUGAUCCCUUUGUUUCACCCGGCCGCGCUCCAACUUUGUGCCAAGAAGGUGUCUGCGGUGACUGGUGAUUUGCGAACGUUUCUAUCAAUUUUGCGCAAAUUAGUGGACUCCUUGGAGCAAAACGCAAUCCGUAACAGCCAGUUUCUAGAGCAAUCAAUGGGCAGUCAGAAGUCGGUCCUCGACACGCCUACGAAAAUGCGCAAAUUCACUAGGAUCAUUUCAACCUCUCAACUAGCGCCCGAUCUGGCUGGCCGAUCUUCUGAAAACGAGUGGGCUAAGGUAAAGGCUAAAGACCCAUGCAAUCAUUUCACUCCUCACACUGCCCCGAAGAUCUCGCCAAGCGAUGUCGUGAAGUAUUUCAAGACGAGCGGGAUUUUGGAAACACCUACCUUUGACACAUCUCAGGCCGAAUGUUUGAAGAAACUCCAAGAUUUGAAUCUUCAUCAAAGCUUAGUUCUAGUUUGCCUAUGCGUCGCGUGGUCCCGAGAGCAAGAUGAAUCCAAUAACACGGGAUGUGCUGUCGCAAGAAGCCAAGCCUAUGAAAUCUACCGUAACUGUUUAAAGCCGGGUGAUGGAUACGGCGCAAGAAACACUUUCAACGUUGGAAUCAACCCAGUCAGUGAAAGUGAAUGGGCCGAUCUGCUUGAGUCAGGGCUCCAGACUAGAGGAUUGGUGAGCUGCCUGAACGAGCGCGCCGGUCUAUCUCGUCCUUCAACCCCUUCAACAUCUCAUAACAACAAUCCAGGACCGUCGCCUUUCAAGUCGCCAAGCAAACGGAAACAAGGCGCUUUCCAACGAUCGGCCCUCUGCACUCCUACUAAGCUCAAGCCGGUCGGUUUCAACUCGCCUCAUUCAGUCCACAGAUCCCCCUCCAAAUCCACCGCAAACGAUCGCAGCUCCGGCCAAGCUCUCCUAGCGUCGGUCCAUUCAAUCUCUGUUCUUAUCCAAGCUAUCCAAUCCUUGGCCAACCGGACCGAAGUUCCCUCCGACGAUGCCCCCCGGUUUAGCCCAGAGAUCAUCAGCAUCUUGAAUCAGUUACUCAUCUCCGAGGAGAAGCGGGCCCGGGUCGACAAGAAACGCAAAGCGGCUCAAAUGGAUCCCGUGGAAACAAUCGGCCGCAAGGCCACAUGUACCCGUCUCGAUGAUGAUGAGAUUGAACAAGAAAAUCUGGUUAAGGGUCGGAUGGUAACCAUAGAAGACGAAGGAAGUUGUAGGGACUAG